CCGAGACAGCGCCAACCGUGCAAAAACACACUGCCAGCGGCGCCAUCGGCCGUCGCGUCCAGGCGCGGGGGCUCUCAGUCCGCUCAGUCGCAAACCUGCCACCGCCGCACCGACACCUCUGCACACACGCUCGGACCUUACUCAGGAACUCGUCGGACACAGCCAGGCCAUGAACUCCGUCUCCGCCCCCGCCCUGCUGCUGCUGGUGGUGGUGGCGCUGGCCACCGUCCACGCCGCCCCCAGGGAUGGCCCCGCCAGCACCGAGUGCCCGGCGGGCAUCAAGGCGGCCAAGGCCGGGCCGGCCGCCCAGGGCGUUAAGUACACCACCAAGUACGACAACAUCAACGUGGACAUGGUGCUGCACAACGAGCGCCUGCUCAACAACUACAUGGAAUGCCUGAUGGAUCGCAGGGCCUGCUCCAAGGAAGGCCAGCUCCUCAAGGAGAUCAUCCCGGACGCCCUGCAGACGGACUGCGCGCGGUGCUCAGAGAAGCAGAAGCAGAUCGCCGGCACCAUCAUGUCCUACCUGCUGCAGUACAAGAAGAAGUACUGGGACGAGCUUCUUUGCAAGUACGACCCAGAGGGGAACUUCCGGAAGAAGUACGAGGUAGACGAGGAUGACGAAGAUGACGAAGAAUAGAACUAGACAACUUGGAAGUUUUUUUUUUUAUUUUUUUUACAAGUUCUGCUCAAUUUUUGGACUUUGAUUUUUGUGUGUGAGUUAUUCGCGCUACUCUCCCUUGUCGCUUUGGCACCAACGCAGAGGACGGUCUGAAAAAGCGCCUGUGAUAGCCUCAUCGUUUGCAUUAAGUACAACUUUUUUUCGAUUUGUGAUUGUAAGAUAUGUAUCAUAAUAAAACAAGUAAUGUAGGUAAGCAAAACGA